AUGUCGAUAGACCUGAACUGGGAGACGCUGACGGGCGGGCCGGACGGCGAGGCGCUGGCCGAGCGCAUCCGCGACUUCAUCCACGUCAAGUUCCAGUCGGUGCAGCUGCCGCGCUUCAUCAAGUCGGUCACCGUGCACGACUUCGCCUUUGGCUCCAUCCCGCCCGAGGUCGUGCUCAAGGACAUCUGCGACCCGCUGCCGGAUUUCUACGAGGAGAACCCCGAUGUCGACGGGGAUGAGGAGGAAGAAGAGGACGAGGGGAAGGACGUGGUGCCAGCUGAGGAGGAGGUGCCCGACGUCAUCAAAGCCGCGGAGCGCAGACGACGCGAUGAUCAGGCACGCAGGCUCGUUGGGCCUGUGAGGGGCACGAGCUGGACCGGAGGCGGGCUGGGCCUGGGCGCGCCGUUUGGCGAGGGGGGCGCGUUCCCGCCGCACAUUCACACCGCGGGCCUGCGCAGCGCGCCCGGCACGCCCGCAGAUCUGGGCAGUCCGUUCCUGGCACUCGGCGCGUCGACGCCGGGCAUACCGGGCGGGACCUCCAACAUGCACUACUUCCAGUCCAAGCUCGCGUCGGGCUGGUCCGGCACGCAGACGCCGCUGGCUGCGGUGGCGGGCGCGCAACACCUCAAUGGGUGGCUGGAUAUGGCGCAUCCGCAGAUGCCGCCGUCGGAGCGAUAUCAGUGGAGUCCGCGACGGGGACAUGGGCAUAGUCGGCAUGCGUCGCGGAGUUCGUCUAUCUCGGUUGCGGAUUCUCCGUCUGCGCUUGCGCCGGCGCAGACGCUGCGCGAGAAACAUAGCGUUUCGACCUUGGCGCCCACGUCGGCAGGGACGUCGCGGCCGCCGACGCGGGAUAACCUACUGGUCGGCUCGGCCAUCGACGAAGAGUACGACGACGGUCCCAACGCAGACAGCGGCCGAAGAGGGGGUAGAGGUGGAGGUGGCGGAGGAGUCGACGGCGAAGCGGGAGAGGACGAGGAGCCCAAGUACCAAGAGCCCCGCGUCGAGGACAUGCAGGCCGUCUUCCGCAUCCGGUACGGCGGCGACGUGCGGCUCGAGCUGACAGCCGAGAUCCUGCUCGACUACCCGAUGCCGAGCUUCGUCGGGAUCCCCGUCAAGCUCAACAUCACGGGCCUGACGUUCGACGGGGUCGGCGUCGUGGCGAAUAUUCGGAAGAGGGUGCAUUUCUGCUUUCUCAGCCCGGAGGACGCCCUGGCGGCUGUGGCGGAGGACGAUGAUGAGGAGGAGGAUGUGGAUGGGCAUGGGAAGGGAAAGGCGAAUGCGUCGGCGCAGAAGGGCAGGCUGGGCGGCCUGCUGCAGGAGAUCCGCGUCGAGAGCGAGAUUGGCCAGCGUGAGGGCUCGAAGCAGAGCCUUAAGAACGUGGGCAAGGUCGAGAAGUUUGUACUUGAGCAGGUGAGACGCAUCUUCGAGGAGGAGUUCGUGUACCCUAGUUUCUGGACGUUCUUGGUGUAG